UUGUUUUCCUUGUAGCUUCGACAAUGGAAGAGCUGAGUGACGGGAUCUGACUUUACCCCCUGCGGGCUUCGUUUUUAAAGUGCUCUAAAUAUUAUUAAUGUAUUAUUUUAUAUUUAUUCCACCUGAGAAAUUGAUUUGAUAUAUUUAUCGUUAAUCUUAUAUACAAAGAAAAAAUAAAAACAUCUCCGAUUUGCUGCUAUGGCAGAAAGGAUCCCAUCAGGAGUGCCCAAGAAAGCAUCCCGAUCCACAGCCUCUCUUCCCCCGGAGCCAAUGGAGAUAAUCAGGAGCAAGACUUGUUUCAGGAGGGUAAGAAUCAAUGUUGGGGGACUUAACCACGAAGUAUUGUGGAGGACACUGGAAAGGUUACCCCGGACUCGUUUGGGGAAACUGAGAGAUUGCAACACCCACGAAUCCCUGUUGGAGACCUGCGAUGAUUAUAACCUCGAUGAAAACGAAUACUUUUUUGAUCGGCACCCGGGGGCUUUCACGUCGAUUUUGAAUUUCUACCGCACUGGGAAAUUGCACAUGAUGGAGGAGAUGUGUGCGCUCUCCUUCGGCCAGGAACUCGAUUACUGGGGGAUUGAUGAGAUUUACUUGGAGUCCUGCUGCCAAGCCAGGUACCACCAGAAAAAGGAGCAAAUGAACGAGGAACUGAGGCGUGAGGCUGAGACCAUGAGGGAGAGAGAAGGCGAAGAGUUUGAUGAGUCGUGCUGUCCUGAUAAAAGGAGGAAGUUGUGGGAUUUGCUGGAAAAACCCGGUUCCUCAGUGGCUGCUAAGAUUCUGGCCAUCGUAUCCAUCCUAUUCAUUGUAUUGUCAACUAUUGCCUUGUCUCUCAACACCCUUCCUGAACUUCAGGACAAAGACGAGUUUGGACAAGCCAAUGACAAUCCACAACUUGCCCAUGUUGAAGCAGUGUGCAUUGCAUGGUUCACAAUGGAGUAUCUUUUGCGUUUCUUAUCAUCGCCAAAUAAGUGGAAGUUUUUCAAAGGUCCAUUAAAUGUAAUUGAUCUUUUGGCUAUCUUGCCAUAUUAUAUCACAAUUUUUCUCACAGAAUCAAACAAGAGUGUGCUCCAAUUCCAAAAUGUUAGACGAGUUGUUCAAAUAUUCCGUAUUAUGAGGAUACUGAGAAUUCUUAAACUGGCCCGACAUUCAACAGGACUGCAGUCUUUGGGUUUUACUCUCAGGCGAAGCUAUAAUGAAUUAGGUUUGCUAAUAUUGUUUUUAGCUAUGGGCAUUAUGAUAUUUUCAAGCUUGGUAUUUUUUGCUGAAAAGGAUGAAGAUGCAACAAAGUUUACAAGCAUUCCUGCAUCUUUUUGGUGGGCCACUAUCACCAUGACAACAGUUGGAUAUGGGGACAUAUAUCCUAAAACAUUGUUAGGGAAAAUAGUUGGAGGUCUUUGUUGCAUUGCUGGAGUGCUAGUGAUAGCCCUGCCAAUACCAAUCAUUGUAAACAAUUUCUCAGAAUUCUACAAAGAACAGAAAAGACAAGAGAAAGCAAUUAAAAGAAGAGAAGCUCUUGAAAGAGCCAAAAGAAAUGGAAGUAUUGUCUCAAUGAACUUGAAAGAUGCAUUUGCUCGCAGCAUGGAACUUAUGGACAUUGUGGUUGAGAAAGGGAAGGAUAAUAUGAUUAAACAAGAAAAACCCCUGGACAAUCAUCUUUCACCAAGCAACUGGAGGUGGAAAAUGUCUGAAACAAGCUCCAAUAAGUCCUUUGAGUCUAAAUACCAGGAGCUAAGCAGGCAUAACUCAAGUGAACGGUUGAAUAACCCCAUCCCUAGCCCACAGCGUCUGAAUGCUCAGAAGCUGGAAGAAAUAUACAAUCAAAUGACAAAGCCACAGUCUCAACCAAAUAUUAAUAGUGGCAAGACAGAACAGUCUAAUAAAUCACCUACACAAGAAGAAGAAUUAGAAAUGGAAAAUGUUCCUUGCUCAACUGACCCAUUGCUCACUGCUCCCACAGAGCCAAUAUUGGACAUGCGGAGCAUAUCUAGCAUUGACAGCUUUGCUAGUUGUAUCACUGACUUUACUGAAGCUGAAAGGUCUCCACACCCUUCAAAAAUAGCCGAGCAAGUGCACUUGAGAUGGCUUGCUAGUCCUAGUCCCCUUAAUGAGCAUCAGCAUUUCAUUACUGGGGAAAACAGCAUGUUCCAGGAUGGUACUUGUGAGCUCAACGCAAAUGAAAAUUUCAGUUUUGCCACAGAGCAGCCAGGGUGCUCCAACUUAAACAGCACAGUGGAAAGCCCCAAGAGCUCAUUGAAAGGCAGGAAUCCUUUGAAAUCUAGGUCACUUAAAGUGAAUUUUAUGGAAAUUAAAAGUGGCAUCCCUCAGACACCUAGUACAGCCAGACCAUUACCAGUAAUAGUGACAGACUUGUCAUUGUCUACACCUAAUCAUAUCAGCACCAUUCUGCUAGAGGAGAAUUCUCCUCAGGAUGAGAGGCUACCCUUGAGUACCGAUAUACCAGCUUUUCAUAAGACAUCCAGUAAAGGAUCACCACAACUAUUGCCGAACCAGAGACUUUUUGCUUUCCAAACAAAAGCGAAGAAGGGUUGCAUUGAUAUAGACAGUGGUGAAGAUGAAGAGUUACUGAUGGAAGAACCCAAUAACCAGCAGGAAAACAGCUGCAGUGGGGGGCAUGAUAAACACAGCAAGGAUGAAAAUCACAUUGACGAUGUGUCUGUUGUGGAUGCUGUUUCUCCAAAAUACACCAGUCCAAAUUGCACAUAUGGUGCAGCAGGAGAUGGCAAAAAAGAUGAUAACCAAACUGGAUACAAAAUGGAAAAUCACAUGUUUACACCAGAAAUUCAUGUGACACCUGGGGAAGGAGGCUAUUCAUCCUCAUGCGAAACCAGCAUGUGA